CCUGUAUCUAUGGCAACGAUUACAAUCCAUUAGCAGUAGUGUGUGGUUGCCUUUUAGCUUGUUAGCUUCUUCGUAGUAGCUGUUACUUACAAAUCAACCCUUAUUUAUCUGCCUUUUCUGUCGCUUUUAGUUUCAAAUGCUGUACACAGUUACUGUAUAUAUGGCAAGUUAUUACAAACACGAAAAAAGUACCUGUUGGCUAACUGUAGCUAACGCCAAGUGCUAGCUUAGCUAACACGAAAAAGCGUUUUCCGAAUGUUUACUAGCGAUAUUGAAUACUAUCUUGAUGGCAGAUAGUUGGAACACAGAUACAGGAGAAGCUGUGUAUAGGUCCCGGGAUGCUGUUAAAAACUUGAAAAUAAGGGUGCGUAUAGAGAGGGUGACCUCCACAGCAGCCCUCUCUCAGCACCUCCAGCAGCAUGUGCUGUCCCAGCAAGAUGGAGGAGCCAUAGAGCUGGAAACCCUCACACCACAAGGCCAGAAAGGUGAUAAUGACGAGGAGCUGGUGGUGGGCUGGCAGGAGAAACUCUUCAGUCAGUAUGAGAUGGAGCUGUUUCAGAACGAGUCGGCGUGUCAGACCCCUCUGGACCGCCAGUACCUCACAGAGAUCCGGGCCCUGAACAAGGCCAAGGGCCGGCGCAAUCACAGGAUUUUCACAUACACUGAUCAUGAUCGCUUCACCAGCUGUCUUCCUAUCCAACAACUACAGUACCCGACUGACUUAUUGACAACAACCAAAUCUGGCCCCACAUUCCUGGCUGAGAGGAUGGCCAGCGUGAGAAACAGGCGGCAAGAAAGACGAACCUUAGAUUCUAGUAUCCCUAAGUCAAAGAUCGUCAUCUGGGAGCCCACAGAGGAGUUUGUAAAGAAUAGUCAUGUGGUGAAUAAUGCCAUGCAGACCAUGCACAUCAUGGCAGACCUGGCCCCCCCUGGAAGGCUGGGCCAGAAAGAGAAUGAAUAUCUGCUGUUAACCAUAAAAACAGACGGCAGUGGAACCGUCAUUGUAAAACCUGACUUCAACAAAGGCAAAGAGCCUUACAGGAUUGUAACAGUAGGGCAGAAGAGAGAAGUUUGGCGUCUUAAUGUGGAGAAUGUGUGCACAGCGAUGCAACCGGAGGAGAAGGAGAGGGAGCAGAACAUGUACAAAGACCUGUACGUACGGCAUAAGGAAUACCUCAAUAGCCUGGUUGGACAGGACUUUGAAAUGCCUCCUUUAGGUAUUCUGCGCUACAUGAUGAAUGGAGAGAUAGUCUCAGCCAAAGGCUUUGAGUAUGAUAAUUUAUACAUCCACUUCUUCAUGGAACUUCCCAACAAUUGGUCCAGCCUGCCUUAUCAGUCUCACUCGGGGGUAACGCAGACCUGCCGGGCCAAAACAUUAGGGAAGGAAAAUGUAGCUUUCUUCAGUUACCCCUUCAGCUUUGAAGCUUUCUACAUGAGUGAAAAAGAGAGUGAGGAGCCAAUUCUUCAGUGGCCAGUGAUCUACUUUAAGGUCCUCUCUCUGGACUCCUGGCAGCGCUACAGAACUGAAGGCUACGGCUAUCUGCUGUUUCCUGCCAUACCUGGUAUGCUUUGUACACUGCAGA